AGACAAUUUGCUUGGCAUUAUGCUGAAGAUAUUGAAUGAAUUUUGUUGGUUUGAUUGCCGAAAUCACGUUUGUUGUCAGAAAACUAUUUUGUAUGCUGAUUUCAGUGUUUUCGCAUGUUUAAGUGAUUAUAUGUGGUGGUCGAGGUGCAAAACUCAAUUUAGAGAAAAUAUAUUGAGUAGAUGAAGUACAUGCAGGUAAUGUGGAAUUAGGUGAUUAGCUAUGCGACGGCCUUUCUGAGUUUCUGUUACUUGACAUUACAACUCUUGGAGUUUAGAUCUUAGUGGUGGUAGGUGAGAGAAUGAGAUUCAUUAUUGUCUGUUGUAGGUUAUGUCUUGACUUUUAUCAAAAGUAAAAAAGAUUGGUCACUUUUAUGACCUUCUGGAAUUUUGGUGGUUUGCGGAGAAUGGGAAUGAACGAUGAUCUGGGAAUAGGUUUCACUCCCCAAAAUUGGGGAAUGGAAAAUAUAUUAUCGGGAAUCUACAAUUAAGCUAUCAUAAUAUGUUAAUUCCCAUUCCCCUCCCAAAUACCACCCUACCAAGCACCUUAUUAGAUAUCCCGUGACCUGGCGUUCGAUUGGAAUGUAGGCUAUGUGACUAUAUCUUCAGAAUACUAUUAUUGAAUGUUGAAGCAAAAAGAGUAAUGGAUUCCCAGCUUCAUUGUGGAUCAUCUCUUCCACAGAAAUUGUUCCUUGAGGCAUUAUCAUGCUCUGAUAAUGUAGAGGCAUCUCUUUUACUACGUUUACUUAAGAAGACACCACAACUUCUGAAUGAUUUUGGAAAAAAUACAAGGGAAUUGGUGUCAUUGAAAUUUUUAGAGAGUUUAUUCCUUCAAGGAGCUCGUGCAAAUCCUGUAUCUUAUGCCUCGAGGAAAAAAGUUAGAUUAGAUCCAUCUGACCUUUGCGAAGAUGUACUCCGACGAAUAUUGAGCGAGACAUCUGUAUCACAACAUCUGAAAUCUGCUGGACUAGAAAUCUCGAAGUGGGAUCUUGAGCCGUUCAUAGAGCAUAAAAAGUCUAGCUUGCCUAGAUUAUAUGCUCUGAAACAGCUGAAGGAUGCAUUGCUUACAGGAAGCCCUUCUAGUUUGUCAUCUUUGAAAGAAUGUAGUGGUUUGCCAGUUGGGAGUCACACUGAGCAUAAUGCCCCCGCAGAAGGUGGCAAAUGCAAUGUAAAUACACCUAGAGCCGAAUGUCAUACGGAUGAUGGUAACCUCUUGCCAAGGGAUUUGCCUGAUGAAAACUUAGUACCAGUUAACAGGAAAAAAAGAGCCAGUGAAAGUCCAGCUGAACAGUUGGAUACAACCUGCAUAAACCCUGUCAAGAAGAAUAGGCAUGAUAUCAUUUUCAAUGAACAGAAUGUAGGUGAGCAGGUAAUAUCUUCAGCAGUCCAUAUACAAAUAACAGAUGCUUCUACAGUAACUUUGCUCCAUCUUAAAGGAAAAAGGUUUGGCCUUGAAAGAGGGCUCGUGAAACCUUAUAAUCAUGAUACUAUUGAGUGUACUUCAUCAGGGUUUGUUGAUUCAAAUGGAGUUUUGCCUUGUGAAAAGAAGGUUCCUCAUUGUGACAAUGGACAAAAUAACAAACCUGAGGAGCAGCAGAGGCAAGAGCAGAACAUUCAGGAAGAAGGUGGCAAGAACGAGGCCGGUGACCCCAAAACAACUAAUGAUGACGUGGAUAGAUUUGAGCUACAUAUGAACAAUGUUCAUGAAGUGAAAGAAAAAUCUCAUGUUUGUAAUGAUAAUGAUGGGAAUGACGGUGGCAAGACUGAAAUCGCUAGAAAAGAAAAUGCUUUGCACAGUCUUCAGAACACAUGCAGCCAAGAUCCAUUGGAAACAACUAAUAGUGGUGCACGAAGGUGCAGCUUAGAGAAAGAAACGCGUGUCGAGGUCAUGAGGCAAAAUGGGUCUCCUGGGAAUGGUAAUAACCAUUGUAAUUCAUCAAAGGAGCUUGUUGGGAAUUUUCACGUUUUGCCCGAUUGUGGUACUGAAGUGCUGAAUGAGGAGGGUCAAACCAGAGAAAAUGGAGGGAAUGGUUUCCAUGGGCUCACAUCGACUAACGAGGACAUUGAUAAGUAUGACCAAAACGUUCCUAGAACUCUCCCAACUGUUGGUGAAGCUGAAGAUGAUGUCGAUAUUUUCAGUGAUACUGAUGGAUAUCACGAUGAGAGGACAACUAUUGACACACAGAAGAAAACAUUUUUGAGCUCCCAAUACAUAUGCAGUCAAAAUACGUUAGCAACAACCAGUGGAAGAGAACAACAUAUUUGUAUGAAAUGUCGCAGGGGUGGAGAUUUAUUGUCUUGUACUUCUGAUUCCUGCCCUAUAGUGAUUCAUGAGAACUGUUUGGGUUCAGAUGUGAGCUUUGACACAGGGGAGGCAUUUUGCUGCCCGUUUUGUGCAUAUUCUCGAGCAAUAUCCAAGUAUCUGGAAGUUAAGAAACUUGCCAUCUUGGCAAGAAAGGAUUUUGCAACUUUUAUUUGCUUGGGCCCCGAAAAUGAACCAAACAAACAGUCCUGUGGAUCAUUUGGGAUGGAUGGAAAUUGUUUGAAACAAAAUGAUGGGUUGCCUAAAAGUAAUGACCUAAACCAGAUAAAUGUUGUGAAGAAGGUCAGUAAUCACCAAGAAAGGAAGAAAUUGGAAUAUGAGCAGGCAGGGCCUUCAAAAUUACGUUCUGUUUUCAGCCCUCCUCUCAGAAGAAAAGCAGCAGACUCAACUGAUAGAGUUCAUAGUUUAAAAACAGAUAAACAAGAUGGGAAAGGAAUUACGCAAGAAUCCCAACGUCUGAGAGAUUGCAGACGGAAACAGAUUGGUGUAGAGGCAGUUCAUAACUCUCAGAGGGAAACUGUGGUCUCAGAGACAAGUGGGAGUAAGAAGCAUGCUGAUGUCAGAUCCAAAAAGGGUGUACCACGUCUGCCAGAAACAGAUUUACCUUGUGAGCACAAAUGCUCACAAAGUUCUCAAUCAAAUGAUGCAGAGGAAUUAUCUGAAGCAGAGAAUGAGGGUUCUGGAGGUAGCAAAAUCUGUUUAAGGGUUCGAAAACAAGAAAGGCGAAACUUGAAUCCAGCAAUUCCUCACUUCAGGAGGAAAAACAUCCCGUGGACAAGUGAAGAAGAAGAAAAACUGAAGGAGGGGAUGCGAGUAUGUUGUGGCCCUUAUGAUGCUAAGAUCCCAUGGACAAAGAUCUUGGGACAUGGCGAAGGUAUAUUCCACCCAAGUCGUACCACCAUAAACCUCAAAGAUAAAUGGAGGAAUAUUUGUAAGGCCAGCUCAAAAUCCAAACUGUAGUUUUCAUGAAACUGUGGUUGAAGAUACGAACUAGUGUUUGUUUUUAGGAUUUUUCUUUUCUUUUUCUUUAUAAAAUUUUAUGUAAUAAUACUAACUAGUGUUUGCUUGUAGCUGUGCUAUGAGCAACGAUCUCCGUAACAUUUUGGGACUGCUAUAUUCUGAUUUUUGAAUC